GGGUACAGUUCUCAAGAGUGCAUUUCCUCAAAAAAGGGGAAGAAUAGGUUCGGAGCAUACAAAGUACUUUUUUUCGGUCUCUGCCGUCACUUCUUCUCUCAUCGCACACAUACUCGCCGGUUUGAAGAGAAAUGGUGGCCGAGAACGAAGGGAAGAAUGAGCCUGUUACCGAUUCUCCGACCUCUGUUCUUGAAGACGAGGACUGCAAGGAGAGCCCUGGUGUUGAGUUGGAGGUAGAAGUUGAUGCAGAAAAUGGAGUUUGUACUCUUGUUUCAAAAACCAUAGUAAAAGAGGAAGAAAAGCUGCUGGAAGUGCGACUGAAAGAAGAAGAUGGAAAGGAUAAUGAGUCCAAAGGAGAACCUCUGCUGAAUGACAUCCAGUUCACUAAACUAGAUGAGCUCUUAACACAGACCCAACUUUACUCCGAGUUCUUGCUUGAGAAAAUGGAUGACAUCACAAAGAAUGGUCUGGAGGAUGAUGGGAAGGCAGCUAAAGAGGUCAAGAGGGGUCGUGGUUCCAAAAGAAAGGCUGCCGCAAGUUAUGAUAAUAGGAAAGCCAAGAGAGCUGUUGCAGCUAUGCUUACAAGACACAAAGAUGGUGAUUCUACCAAAGAUUUGAGUCUUACGGAGGAAGAGAGAAAUCAGAACGAGCAGGAAGAACUUGUACCCCUUUUGACUGGUGGAAAAUUGAAGUCUUAUCAGAUCAAAGGCGUAAAGUGGAUGAUCUCAUUGUGGCAAAAUGGACUUAAUGGAAUCCUUGCUGAUCAAAUGGGGCUUGGGAAAACAAUUCAAACAAUUGCUUUUCUUGCACACCUCAAAGGAAAUGGAAUGCAUGGGCCUUACUUAGUCAUUGCUCCCCUCUCCACUCUCUCAAAUUGGCUGAGCGAAAUAGAGAGGUUUGUGCCUUCUGUGAAUGCGAUCAUUUACCAUGGUGAUAGGAAAGAGAGGGAUGAGAUUAUAAGAAAUCACAUGCCCAGGACAAUAGGUCCCAAAUUCCCUAUUGUUAUUACUUCUUAUGAAGUUGCCAUGAUAGAUGCAAGACGACAAUUAAAGCAUUACAGCUGGAAAUACCUGGUUGUGGAUGAGGGACACAGAUUGAAGAAUUCAAACUGCAAAUUAGUGAAGCAACUGAAGUAUUUAUCUGUUGAGAAUAAGCUUCUUUUGACCGGCACACCUCUGCAAAACAACUUAGCUGAGCUCUGGUCACUGUUGAAUUUUAUUCUUCCCGAUAUCUUUUCGUCCCAUCAAGAAUUUGAGUCCUGUUCUGCUUGCAUAACAGUAUUACUAUGUCUCACAAAGAUGCUUGUACUUUCCCACUGGUUAUUCCAAAUGAAAUGCAACGAAGAAAACACCUAUUUAACAAAGGCUAGCAAGGAAAGUGUGGAUGGUUUAGCUGUCUUUCUGCAGUUUGACUUUUCAGGGAAGUGCACUAAUGAAGCCCUCAAAGAAGAUAUAGAAGAGAAAAGAAGGGCACAGGUGGUUGCCAAACUCCAUGCUAUACUGCGUCCCUUCCUCUUACGCAGAAUGAAAUCAGAUGUGGAACAAAUGCUUCCACAGAAGAAAGAAAUUAUCUUGUAUGCCACAAUGACGGAACAUCAGAAGAGCUUCCAGGAACAUCUCAUUAAUAAGACGUUGGAGGUUCAUUUGGUAGAGAAAACAUCCAAUGCUCAUGGAAUGAAAGGAAAGCUCAAUAAUUUGAUGAUCCAACUUAGGAAGAACUGCAACCACCCUGAUCUUUUGGAGUCUGCAUUUGAUGGGUCCUACUUAUAUCCUCCUGUGGAACAGAUUGUUGGGCAAUGUGGCAAAUUUCAGUUACUCGAUAAAUUACUGUUUAAGCUAUUUGCUCGCAAGCACAAAGUUUUGGUGUUUUCUCAAUGGACUAAGAUAUUGGACAUUAUGGAUUACUACUUGAGCGAAAAGGGGUUUCAAAUUAAGGAGUUCAAUGAUGCAAACAGUAACUAUAGGAUCUUUCUCCUGAGCACCCGAGCUGGCGGGCUGGGAAUUAAUCUUACUGCAGCCGAUACAUGCAUUCUGUACGACAGUGAUUGGAAUCCUCAGAUGGAUCUACAGGCAAUGGAUCGGUGUCACAGAAUAGGUCAAACAAAACCUGUUCAUGUGUACAGACUAGCUACAGCUCAAUCUGUUGAGGGUCGCAUACUGAAAAGAGCUUUCAGCAAAUUGAAGCUCGAACAUGUUGUGAUUGGCAAAGGUCAAUUUAAGCAGGAAAGAUCCAAAGCUGAUGGCGCAGACACCAUGACGGAAGAGGAGUUGCUGGCUCUACUUGGUGAAGAAGAUGAUAAAGAGGAGAAAUGGAUUCAGACAGAUAUUAGUGAUGAGGACCUUGACAGAGUUCUCGACCGUUCUGAUUUGGUUCCUUGUGUUAAUUCGUCAUCAGAAAAGGAUGAAAAUAUUAAUGCUGUGCCUCUAAAGGGACCAGGCUGGGAAGUCGUCAUCCCUACUGCUGCUGGAGGCAUGCUCUCAACUCUGAGCAGCUAAUAUAUGUGCUCAUCUUUUGUGCUUUUGUGUGCUAUUUUGAAUGUGUAACUUGGUCUCAUUUAUCAUAAGGAACGGUAAAUGCUGCUCUUUUGCUGUUUCCUCUCAUUUUUGUUGACAUAUGGAGGAAAUGGAUGAUGUGGUUCACUCUUACCCUCAAUUUGGACCGAGACAAUUACGGUGGAUUAUAAGGUGUUGUUGCCUUACUAAUAUUGUCUAUUUAAAUGGGUACUGUAGAAACUAAACUUGAAUGUAUGGAAGUAGGGCUGAUUUUGGACGUGGGACCACCUGGAAAUGUGCAUAUUGUGCACUCAUUUUGCCUAUGAAGUUGUUAAUGAAACUUGCUAAACAACUAUCAUUUCCAUUUUUAUUACUUUUUCUAGUUAUAUCUGGCUUCUGUUGAUGGUUCUUUGACGUCCAUGGUAAGUUGUAGGUCAUCUCAUGGUUCUUUGCCCUCCGUGGUAACUUGUAGGUUUUUAUAGUCAUUUGAACGUCA